GUCCAUCAAUCUUCUUCUUCUUCUUCUUCUUCUCUUUCUCUCUGCUUCUCUUGCAUUUCCUGCUAGACUCCUCUUUUCUCUUUAUCAUCAACUCUCCCACAAUUUACUCUCCUCCUCCUCCCUUGUUUCACACAAACCCUUUGUCCUACUUACUACUAGUACAUACUCAACAAUCCCGAUCGACAUCACCCGAACCAAACUCUCGCGACCGGGCCUCUCCCCGCGGUGGCUGGCCCUUUUCUCGUCUGCAUCAGUCAGCCACUUCCUCCAGUUCGCGUCCGUCUUGCGCGGUGGCAAACGUUCCCUUGGUUCUCGCUGCCUGGACCUGCCAUCCCGGUUUGGGUUUUGAUUUUCGCCUGCCUUUCGUUCGGUCGUCAUUCAUUUUCUCGCCGAUCAUUUGUCUGUGAAUUUCUCUCCCGGCUGAGCUCAUCACGGUUGGUCUGCUUUCGCCGCGGAAUUCCUGCGACUCGACGUCAACACACACGACCACUAGCUUACACCUCUACCCUCAACAUCACCACCCACACCACGCUCCUAGAUUAGACCUGUUAGACAUCCACGCUGGCGACCAGACUCCGGACGAUACAGGACAGAAGUUUUCGACGCUGACCCCGGUCUUGCGAUCGCCCCAUCUUAACCACCACCAUGCCACUCUCCAACCGUCGUCGCGCGCGGCGCAAGGAAAUCCAGCUGCAGGAAACGUCGGACGCGGAGGCUCCGGAUUCAUCCCCGACGCGGCCGUCCAACAAGAAGCGCAAGAUUGAUCACCGUGCCUCUCCCCAGCCUCGACCCGUGAAGCAGGAAUCUGCCGACGAAGCCGACGACUCGUCUCCUGAUCAGGAACUGUCGGAAAAUCAGGAUUUGGUGGAUAUGGUGAUCUCGUACCUGGACGCCGCUCGAGAAGAGGUACGCGUGCUCCGGGACCACUCCAACGCGAAAACCGAAAAUAAGCAGAGCAUCCGCGCCUACGCCAAAAUUGCCGGCCGCAACUGGACCUAUUACGUCAAAACUCUCCACGUUAAUAUCGGACGCGAGCCCGACCGCGAACAGAAGUUGGAUGAACAGUCAAGCCCGGUUACAAUCGCCGCCCGCGCGCUGCCUGAAGUUAAUGUGGAUUUGGGACCAAGCAAAUUUGUGUCGCGCCUGCACGCGGAGAUCUUUUACGAUGGAGAGGAGACGGCAUCCUGGCACAUCCGCGUUAACGGUCGGAACGGCGUACGCUUGAACAGUGCGAUCCUCAAGCGCGGCACCGAUGCGAUCCUUUCUUGUGGUGAUAUCAUUGAGAUCGCCAACACCCAGAUGAUGUUCGUCACGCCCGGCGAUAAGGCCAAUAUCCAUCCGAGCUUCGUGGAACGCGCUCAGCGUCUCGCCAACGGAGAGGAGGAUGUGGCUACCUGGGAUGCCUCCCAGCAUGCUCAUCCCCAGCCUCCCUCGACGACCGCUACUGCGGAUGCGGCCCCAGCCACAACUGGCGCCCCUUCGCUGGCUCCUGCACCGCAGUUCCUCAAGCGUCAGGUGACGCCGCCCCCGCGGUCGCCCGAUACGGUGGGAGCCCGCACAGCCAAGCAGUCGCCGCUGUAUAACCGCGGUAUGAUGAUGGAGAGUACGGAGGAUAUUGAUUACAGCAAAGACGCAGCCAAGGACCUGAAGCCACCCUACAGCUACGCGACGUUGAUUGCGCAGGCAAUCUUCUCAAGCGAGGAGGAGAAACUCACGCUGAACAGUAUCUACAACUGGAUCAUGGACAAGUACGCAUUUUACCGCCACUCCCAGAGCGGUUGGCAGAAUUCCAUCCGUCAUAAUUUGUCCUUGAACAAAGCCUUCCAGAAGGUCCCCCGGCGGACUGACGAGCCCGGCAAAGGCAUGAAAUGGCAGAUUGCGCCGGAAUAUCGCGAGGAGUACUGGAAGAAACAGCUGCGAAAGGGAACGCAAUCAUCAGCUCCAUCGUCACCUGCCACGAGGGAUCCGGCCGCUCGGGGCGCCAACGGCAUGGAGGCGGUGUUUUCGGCCACGAAGAAGUCCCCGCCAGUGUCGUCUCCUGGAUUCAGUUCCUUCCCUGUCGCACCAAUUGAGGCGUAUACUCCUGAAAGGGGCUCCCGUGCCGCCCGUAAUGGUACAGGAGCCCCUCUGCGGCCUUCCAACACCCGCGACUAUGAGGAACCAUCCCCGUUACCCACGCGAUCUGCCACGAAGAACACCAGCAAUGGCACUAGUCUAAGUCGGACUUAUGGGUUGUCGGACAACAUUGCCGGAUCCCCGCCUGUGCUGUCUUCAUCAUACUACGACGACGGGCCAUCAUCGAUGAUUACGCCGGCACCGCAGCGCCAGCAGCCACGACUGCCUCCGCCUAGCACCGCACAAAUUCCAUCCAAGUUUAUGCCCAUGAGCUCUCCCGCGCAGUUCUGGAAGUUCGCAGACAUUGGCAGCACGCCAGCCCGGCCCGUGCCAGACAUGAGCCCACUGAAGGGCGACCCCGGCGACGGACUGGGAAGUAUCCCUAGCAGCAGUCCACCACCACCGAACCUGGCCAGUCCAAGCAAGCCAGGCACGGCCAACGGCAUGGCCACUGGCCGCAUGCCACCGCGCCGAGAACCGGAGACGAAGAAUGAGCGACCUGACGAGGAGGACGACGAAGAAGAGGGGAGUGGAUUUGACCUGGCGAGGGGCUUCCAAACCAUUGGUUCGUAUCAUCGACAGCUGAGCAAUGCGGCGCGGGCGAGUGCAGCGACGUCGUAAGCAGCCAUCAGCUAGCCACGAUGUCUGUAUGUAUGCAUGUCUGUAUGUUAUAAUGUAUGUACUAUGACCGGAUUAGAGCGUAUACUUUGUUUUGCUUGCUCGUUGCUUUGCUUUGAUUGCUUUGCUUUUGCUUUAUCUUUACCACAGGGGCUUGUCUGUCCCGGCAGCAGCAAUGGUGUUUGGAGGAUUUGCUAUUAGAUGAUGAGAAAUGAUUAGUUUUUACUCCUAUAUAUAACUACGUAGUGAGACAUGGCCCUUCUCACAUCACAUACUAAGAGGAUCCCACCA